AUGCAACUUUAUGCUCUUAGUAAAAGUUUUAAGUUCUACUUUAAGACAAGUCUUCUCAGAUUGUUAAUCACAACUCAAGACAAUUAUUCAAGACUUCAACUCGCUAAUGUCCGUCAUAUUCGCCGCGACGGCGUCCUUGCUGUGAGGUCUCGCAAGAACUCCCUUAGUCGCUCUAACAAUCAUCUCAACGCCAACCAUACCCUGCCGCCCACGCCCGCCCACACAGCACCCAUCACCACCCACAAUCUCCCGCCCACUACCGCCACCCAUCUCUCACCCGUGCGCCCACCUCUCACCACCUACUCACCACCCACCACCACCCACGUCGACAGCGAGGGCGGGGAGACUCACUCACGCCUACAGGAAACUCAUGAAAGAGAUCAACCUAAUCACCUCCACCAAGGUGAACAAAAGCAGCAGCAGCAGCAGCGGCUCAAGGAACAACAACAAAUAGAAGAGCAUCAGCUUCCCCAAACAACCCCUGGAGGAGCAGCACCCACGCCUCUCCCAGGACCACCAACUAGAAGAACACCAACAGGUCAGACAGCGGCCCAAGCAAGAGUGCCAACAAGAAAAGAAAUUGAAGCAAGAGAACCAGCAAGAACAGCGGCUGAAGCAAGAGAACAAGCAAGAACAACAGCUGAAGCAAGAGAACCAGCAAGAACAACAGCUGAAGCAAGAGAACCAGCAAGAACAACAGCUGAAGCAAGAGAAUCAACAAGAACAGCGGCUGAAGCAAGAGAACCAGCAAGAACAGCGGCUGAAACAAGGGAAAACCAGCAAGAACAGCGGCUGAAGCGAGAGAAUCAACAAGAACAGCGGCUGAAGCAAGAGAAUCAACAAGAACAGCGGCUGAAGCAAGAGAAUCAACAAGAACAGCGGCUGAAGCAAGAGAAUCAACAAGAACAGCGGCUGAAACAAGAGAACCAGCAAGAACAGCGGCUGAAACAAGAGAACCAGCAAGAACAGCGGCUGAAGCGAGAGAAUCAACAAGAACAGCGGCUGAAGCAAGAGAAUCAACAAGAACAGCGGCUGAAGCAAGAGAAUCAACAAGAACAGCGGCUGAAGCAAGAGAAUCAACAAGAACAGCGGCUGAAGCAAGAGAAUCAACAAGAACAGCGGCUGAAGCAAGAGAAUCAACAAGAACAGCGGCUGAAGCAAGAGAACCAGCAAGAAAAGAAAUUGAAACAAGAGAAUCAAGAGGAACAACAGCUGAAGCAAGAGAACCAACACGAAAAUAAAUUGAAGAAAGAGAAUCAACAAGAACAGCGGCUGAAACAAGAGAACCAACAAGUACAACGGUUGAAACAAGAGAACCAACAAGUACAACGGUUGAAACAAGAGAACCAACAAGUACAACGGUUGAAACAAGAGAACCAACAAGUACAACGGUUGAAACAAGAGAACCAACAAGUACAACGGUUGAAACAAGAGAACCAACAAGUACAACGGUUGAAACAAGAGAACCAACAAGUAAAACGGUUGAAACAAGAGAAUCAACAAGAACAGCGACCAAAGCAAGAGAAUCAACAAGAACAGCGGCCAAAGCAAGAGAAUCAACAAGAACAGCGACCAAAGCAAGAGAACCAACAAGAACAGCGGUCAAAGCAAAACAGCCAACAAGAAAAUAAAUUGAAACAAGAGAACCAACAAGAACAGCAGCUGAAGCAAGAGAAUCAGCAAGAACAGCGGCCAAAGCAAGAGAAUCAACAAGAACAGCGACCAAAGCAAGAGAAUCAACAAGAACAGCGGCCAAAGCAAGAGAAUCAACAAGAACAGCGGCCAAAGCAAGAGAAUCAACAAGAACAGCGACCAAAGCAAGAGAAUCAACAAGAACAGCGACCAAAGCAAGAGAAUCAACAAGAACAGCGGCCAAAGCAAGAUAAUCAAGAAAAGCGGCCAAAGCAAAACCAGCAAGAACAGCAGCCGAAGCAAGAGAGCCAACAAAAACAGCGACCAAGGCAAGAGAACCAGCAAGAACAACGACUGCAGCAAGAGAAACAAGGCAGAGACCCACGUCUGGCAAAAAGCAAGGAAAAACAUUUAAAAGAGAAACAUCUGCAGCAAGAGAACCAACAAGAACAGCGGCUGCAGCAAGAGAACCAACAAGAACAGCGGCUGCAGCAAGAGAACCAACAAGAACAGCGGCUGCAGCAAGAGAACCAACAAGAACAGAGGCUGCAGCAAGAGAACCAACAAGAACAGCGGCUGCAGCAAGAGACCCAACAAGAACAGCGGCUGCAGCAAGAGAACCAACAAGAACAGCGGCUGCAACAAGAGAACCAACAAGAACAGCGGCUGCAGCAAGAGAACCAACAAGAACAGCGGCUGCAGCAAGAGACCCAACAAGAACAGCGGCUGCAGCAAGAGAACCAACAAGAACAGAGGCUGCAGCAAGAGAACCAACAAAUAGAACAGAAGCAACAUAAACAAAUCCCAGAUCAAGUAAGAGAACAGCCGCACCAAGAUAAAUCUAAAACAAAUGAACUACUACAGAAUGAAGCUAAAGAGAAAGUCGAGUAUCAGCAAAAUCAAAACAAAUCACAUUUGAAAGACAAACAAGUCAAACCUGAGAAGGAAAACAAGAAAGAGCUGCAACUACAAAAAGUCGACCAAAUAAAGCAACAGCAGCUACGACAAGUAAGAAUACAAUUGCAACAAGUUAAGCAACACCAAAUUAGACAAGAAAAGGAACUUUUGAAAGAACAUCACUUGCAACAAAUUAAAAAACAAUUUCGCCAAAUAAAAGAUCACGAGCAACAUGGAAAGAUACAACAGCUGCAACAGAGAGAGCAUCAGCAGCAACAGGUAAAGAAGCAACAGCUGGAAGAACGGCAGAAAGAAUUCAAGAAAGACCUGCAACAGAGGGAGGAACUACAAAAAACAACCGAACAGCUUCAGCAAGGAAAGAAGCACACGCAGGCGCACAUUGAGAACCACUCCACGCAGUCAAGUAGACUCGAACUACAAGAAGUACCUAGUAAACAGGAGGAGGACAGUGGUCCUCGAGAGGUAGAACUCCAAGCACAACAUACAAAGGAGCAAGGAAAAGAACAGUUACAGCCGCAUGUAAAGCAACCAACAUCUCCAGACUUGGAGGACAGUCCAAGGAAACAAGAGCGACAAGAAACAAAGGAGGAACCACCUUCGUUGCCAAGAGAAAAUAAGUCAGAGCCGUUGACGGCAAAAGAACCCGAAUCAGAGAACACAGAUCAGCUGCCACGAAAGUUUAAGCUUCAGUUAUCUAGACAGCUGAAGGUACAGCUGUCGAGACAGAUCAAAGACCAGCUGCCCCAACAGGUCAAAGACCAAUUGCCUCAGCAAAUCAAAGAGCAAAUAUCUAGACAGGCGAAGGAACAUUUGUCCAGACAAGCUAAGGAAAACUUAGCGAAGCAGGACGCGGAACUUCGGGUCAGCUGCGAGCCGCAACACCUACAAGAGAAGCCGUCGGAUCCGAGGAAAGAAGGGCUUCCAGCGCAGUCGAAGUCACAGCCGUCGACGAUACAGCAGAGACGAUCGGCGGGAAAGCAACAGCAGACGGCCAGGAAGAGAACAGCACCGCCCGAUAGGAAGAGGAGACCACCACAAGAGAAAGUGUGUUGUUGGAGGAUUACGGUGGAGGAAACGUGGUCAAGGAAGUGUAACAAGUGAAGCAUCAUCUGGCGAAGAGGAAACACGCCCAGUUCGUGAGCGCCGACCACGAAAUCACACGCCAGAUCCACCCAGACGUAUCCUCACACGUUUGGAAAAGCAGCAUAGUACCGAGGACGGUACUUCCAGCAGCAGUGGUAAUUCGACACCAGAUCAUCGCCCAACUCGCAGACCUUAUAGAAAUAGUAGACUGCAAAACAUCACUGCUGGGCAUAGUGACUCUGAUGUCGUAAGCAUCAGUAGUAGUAUAAGCAGUAGUAAUAGUAGUAGCUUCAAUACAAGUACAAGUGGCAGUAACACCAGUGCCAGCAGUACUAGUACGAGCAGUAGCAGUACACCAGAACCUGAGUUACCAUCUCGACCACCAUCACGUAGGGUUGCAGCAGCAGCAGCUCUUAGGCACCAGAAAUUAGGCAUCCACAGAGCUUCAGGUGGCAAGAGAGGGCCACCUAAUAAUGGUGCUGCGCGACGACCCUCACAGAGAUGGCGUAGUGUAUCACCUGUAACCCGUGCUGCUCAGCCAUCAUCACCAUCCUCAACACUUUACUCAAAUAAAAAUAAAAAUAACGAAAAUAAUAGAAAUUGUACCAACUGUGAAGACAAUAUUGGUAAGAGCCAAAAACGUAAAAAUAGCAGCCCAAACAGAGCAGCAAAUAAAAAUAACAAAUGCGGCACUGGUAUUGAUCUUCCCAUUAAAGGGAAGACUUUGCUAGAGGGAAGAACACAAUUUUCACUUAAGCAAGAUAACAGAAAAGAGAAUAUCAGAAAGGAGAGUGAUACUGCAAAUGCUAUUAAUUCUUCUGAAGAUCCUGUUGUAAUUUAUGAAAAGACUAAUUUUAAUCAAAAUAGAACAUUACCAAAUAGAAGAACAGUUGAGAAUCGAAGUUUGAACAACAAGAAAGGUACAUUGAAUAUAACUAAGGAUUUGACAAGUAAAACUAUUACCUCACAAUUGAUAAUUAAGAAAGAUCCUGGUGAGAGAGUAGCUCCAUCCUGUAAUAAGUCGUACAAAGAAAAGGAAGAGACUAAUUUAAGAUGUUUGAAAGAUACUAAUUCAGCACAUUUGAAAGAGACUAAUAUUACACGUUUAAAAGAGGCUAGUUUAACGUGUUUGAAAUCUGCCGGAAAAUAUGCGUGUUCAGAUUCAUCUAGCACGGUUCCUAAAGAACUCUCACACAGAAAUACCACUGCUGUUGUAGCACCAACAAACAGUUCCACUUUUAAUGAUGAAGUCUUCAUAAUUGAACCCAGUAAAGAGGAGUCUGUAAGUUCAUCUCAAAUAAGUUCAGUAAAAGCAGAGGAAAACUUAAAGAAGCCUGUGAUUAGAUGUUCAAAUAAAGAAUUGGUUACAAAAAGUUCAAGCAAAGAAUUGGUUACAAAAGAACAGUCAUCUGUGUUUUUGUCAAAAGAGGAAAACCCUAGUAGAACAUUUCCUUCUAGUUCUUUAAUUACUCCUCGGGAGAAGACUAAGGAUGAGAAUUGGUGCAAAUCAAAUCCGUGCAAGUCAGAAGCAGCUAGGCCUAUAGAAGUCUUGGCAGAUUCUGAACGGGACAAGUCUGCAUGUAAAAAGCUUCCCAAGACUAAAGAAUUGCCCACUAAAGCAGAAUUAGAGCAAUCUCCCUCGACAGAAAACGUCUCGGCAGAAAGCACUACUAUUUGUACCUGUCAAUGCAGGAACACUUCCGUUAGGGAUUCACUUGUAACUACUACAGCUGUAGCGAGGAAGCCUAGUUUAAGUGAGAAUAAUGUGGUUAUAGAAGCCACGGGUGUUAUACGAACAACAGGUGAUAGUUCAAGUGCAUUUGUUAGCCAGCAUGACAAAAGUGUUAAGAGUGCCAUUUUGGGCCCUAGUGCCAACAGUGUUGUGGUGAGCAGCAGUAUUGCUGCAGUGUGUGACGGAACCACUACAGUGAGCACAGUGUCAACUGUGACUAGUGUGACUAGUGUGUCUAUAGUGCCAGGCACAACCAGUGCCAUUGUUAAUUCGCCCAAUGUCAGUGGACUUACUUGGUCUUCAGAUAGCUUUCGAGUGAACUCUAGUUGUAAUAGUAACCUCAACUGUAGUACUAGUAGAAGUGGGUGUGCAGAGGUGGCGGGCGUGGUGAGCGGGCGGGCAGUCACCAUCACAGCAACAAGUGGGCCAGGUCCCACAUGCAGUUCUCGUGUGGCCUCCCCACCCUCUGUAAGCAUCACGGCAGUGGUGCGUAGCCCUGUCCACCUCCAGCCCGCCAACCCUGAUCCUGCCCAUCUUGCCCCGCACCAUCAUGACGUGGCACCCCACACAUCCCUGCAUCUCCAGCAUCAGGCGGCCCAUCCAUAUCACCAACAGCAUCACCAACUCCAACAUCAGUCACAGCAGCUCAGCACCCCGGCAACAGCCACCAGGAUGGACCAUUGUGACGGCUCAAGUGACUCUGGUGUGAGUGUAACCGAGCGUUCUGUAUCACGCUCAUCAGUUCUGAGUGAUGACAGGUCAUCUUCAGCAGAAGUAAAGCCCAACACACCUACACCUGCAGCUGGUCAAACAAAGAUAUCACAGGCAUCCUCUCUCUUCAUAGACCGUAAGGAACCUGUUCGAGUUUGGCGUGAUCCAUCACUUGUGUCUCAGUCAGAGCACACGGUGCGUCAUAUUCAUUCAGUGCAGCACACCAUGUCACAGCACUAUCCAGGGGUACCUCCCCCUCACCUUGCAGCUCCAACUGGGGGCUCUGGUAGCUCCCAUGGACCUGCACACCAUGGCUCACAUGGCCAGCCUCCUGUAUCUAUUGCGCAUGGUCUGCCUCCUGGCUUAUCGUAUUCAACACACCCUGGUGCAGGUGCACCACCACCUUUGCAUCUGCCUCCUGGUCUUCAGCAACCUCUUGCUAGCUUAUAUCCAUCUAUCGACGUGUGGAAGCAGCUUGCUCCGAUACCCCCACUACAAUCGCAUGCAUAUGCAGGUCUCCUUACUCACCACCAAGAAGAACUGCUUCAACUAGAACGUGCUCGGGAAAUGGAUCGGGAGCGUGCUGAGCAGGAUAGAAUACUUAGGGAAAGGCGUGAGGCUGAAGCCCGCGAAAAGGAAAGGAUUAAUAAAGAAAAAAUGGAGAGGGAGAGAACUGAGAGGGAAAGAAGAGAGAGGGAAGACAGGGAGAGAAGAGAGAAGGAGAGGCGAGAAAGGGAGGAGAAGGAGCGGCAGCAGUUUCAGGUGGAUCAACAUUUUAACAAGUCAUUUCGCCUGGCUCAGCAAAAGCAUGGUGGAGAGAGCGUGCGUCACUUGCCAGCCGACCACCUCAACCAGGCCUAUUACGUCCACGGCUUGACCAACCACCAUCCCUCCAACCACCCAACUCACAACCACUCCCUCCUCAUGACACAACACAGUAAAGCCUACCAGGCUCAAGCUCAUGCCCAGAAGGUGGGUGGUUGGAAUCAGCUGACUGGAAUGGUCAAAACCGAGCGCAUGGACAGUAUAGAUGAGCGUCGUCUUUUAGAGCAGCAGCAACAGCAACGACAGGAAGAAGCUAUACGUCGUGCUCAAGAACCUGAAAAAAUGGUUCAUGAUAGCAUAUACAGAUAUUUUCGAGAUUCUGAUAGAGGAAGGGAACCUCAAAUCAAAAUGCGUUAUCCCCCACCAGCUCACUUAUCUAAACCUCCCGUGGAAAAGCCCACAGCUCCUGCAGGUUUGCCUAAACUUGCAGAACCAAGCUUCAAUCUUGGCAACUACCCAUCAAACUACCUUCCUAAAGAAGCGAAGCUUCAACAUACGUCUGAAAGGGUACCCUACUCACAGUAUCAUGAUCCAAGGGAUAAAACAUCUGUUAUCAUACAGCCAGAAGUGAAGUAUGAGAAAGCUCCACCACAUUCUGUAAGUCCUAAGCAACGUCCCCCUGAAAGAUCUAGUCCAUACCCACCUGGCUCAGCGUACAAAUCACAUGAUCCAUCUCCAUCCCUACACAGAAGCAACACCUCGCACCAUCCACCGUCUUUGCCUCAUAGUGUGGAGUUGACGAAAGCCAGGCAGCCACAGUCAUCUCCACAUUCUUCCCCUUCACCAGCCCAUCCUGAUCGUUAUUUUCCUCCAGGGACCAGGCCACCACCCACAACAUAUUCUUCUAAUCUUAUUGCUGCUGGGCUGGUUCCCAAUCCAAUUCAUGUUUCCUCCGUCUCUGCAAAGUCCAAGGUUAGCUCACCUCCUCCCCAAAUAUAUGGGAAACCUGGCAUUACCACGGGUACUCCUGUUUGUCGCGUUGAUUCAAGACCGACUCAACCUGUUCCUUUAACAAGUAAAGCUCCAGUCACGUGUCCUCCACCUGCUCAUUCAGGAAGAGGAUCUCUUAGUGAAUCCAGGCCUCCAAUGCCUUCCCAUGAACAGAGGCCUCAAAUGGAUAGAGUUCCAUAUGAUGCUCGUAUCUAUCCGCCCACAGUACCUUCUCCACACCAUAAACAUGUAGUGGCCCCAGGUCCUCCUCCUGUAAGAAUGCCUGCAGCCACAUCUCCACAUCUUGCAACCCCUCACAUUACCCCACAUCCUUCUCCACAGCCAACACAAACACAACCACUUGACUUAGGUACUCGUGAAGACACUGCAUCUCCUAGCAAAAGAAGAACCCAAACACCCACUCCACAGGACCCCAAGAAAGCCAAGUUUGAAACGACUAAUAAUCAGCCAUUAUUAUCUCGGGUAUCGGAACCUAGUCCUCUGUACCCAACUGCUGCCACUACUAUUACUACAGUGGAAAACACUGCUGUGUCAGCAAAUUUGUCACGUGUGGCAAGCCCAGCUUCGCGUCCGCCCAGUCAGCCUCCCCCUGCCACUACCCCAACGUUGCAACGUACAGAAAAUUCUUCUUCUCCCGGAACAAAUAAAGUACCUGAACCCGAGAAGAGUAGUAGUCCAGGUCCAGUAGGUGGAUAUGUGCACAAGCUUAAAAAGGCCUGGCUCCAGAGACAUGAAAAUACGCCGGAUGCUCUUCCCCCUACCUCUGCUUCGGCGGGUCUUUCAACUAGAGUAGCAACACCACCUCCGGCCAGUACUACAACUGCAUCCUCAAAACCAACUACAACCACCAUUACAACUGUUAAAACUGAAUCUAAAACUAUUGCACGUAAGCCAAAAGUUGUGAAUAGCAUACCUAAUGGGCAUAGUCAAGAUAUAAAAGAGGGCGACUCGAGCUCGACCGACUCUGAAGGAAGUACCACACAAAAAUCUAAAAGAGGUAAAGGAAAAAGAAAAUUAAAAAAGAUGAAGAGGGGUAGUGAUAGUAAUAGUGACAGUGAAAAAGAUAGUGAUGCUAGUGAAACAACUAUAAAGAAUUCUGGACGUUUACCUUCAAAGCCAGAUUCUGAACCUAAAAAGAGAGGAAGAAAGCCAAAAUCUAAACAAGAAAAGGACAAGGAAGAUGGUCCAAAGCCAAAAAAAUCCAAAGAGGAGCCCCCACAAAAUGAUCCUCUGCAGAAACCUCCCGUAUCUCAGUUAAAGAAAACAGGGGAGAGCUUCUUGCAAGAUGGAUCAUGUUAUGAGGUGGCUCCCAAACUGCCCAAAUGUCGUGAGUGUCGUUGGACUGCGCACCAGAGAAACAAGAAAAUGCCCAAUAUAUUUUGCCGUUUUUAUGCCUUCCGUCGCCUUCGCUACACCAAAAAUGGACAGCUAGCAGUUGCUGGCUUUUCUGAUCCCAUUAAGGAUGCAUAUGGAGAAGAUCUCAAGCUGUGGGUGCCAGACAUUGAUAGGCCUCCAAAUGAUCUGGAUGUUGAUACCAGCAAGUUCCUGUUGACCCAUGUUGGUGACCAGUUUUGUGACUUGGUAGAACAAGAGAAAGAAGCAAUGGCUCUCCACAUGGGUGAUGAUACUGUAGUGGCAUGGAAACGAGUUGUGCAGGGAGUUCGUGAAAUGUGCGAUGUGUGUGAAACGACGUUAUUUAACAUCCAUUGGGCAUGCAGUAAAUGUGGCUUUGUGGUUUGCAUAGACUGUUAUAAGGGUCGAAAGAAUGGAACAGUUAAAGUGUGGGAUGAAGGGGGAAAAGAUCGUGAUGAAUACUCAUGGCUAUUGUGUGCUUCUAGACUUCCUCAUGAACAGGAUAAACUAAUGCUUACGCAGAUUAUAUCUGGUAAUGCACUCCUUGAUCUGGGUAGGAAAGUGCACGAGGUGCGGAAUCAGUGGGGCAUCCCUCAGUAUUGUGAUUGUACAGAGGCUAAAAAGUACAAAGACCAAGCACCUCAAGAUGACAAGAAGAAAGUCAAUGGUGUGAACAAAGAUCUGCUCAAGGACAUUAAGAAAGAACCUAAGACAGAACUAUUUAAUGGAAUUAUAAAGCAGGAGAAGACAGAGAAGGUUAAUAGCAAAGAUGAAGAGAUGUCCAACUCCCCUCUUAACUUCUUUGCUGAUGUUGCGUUAUCCAGUGACAAACGUGAGAGUGAGAGUUCUGAUUCUGACUCAGAUUCUGAUUCUGACGAGAAAGAGGGCAACUUUUCCACAUUACGGAAGCUAUUAAUACAGCCAAAUGGAAAUACGAAGGAAGAAUCUGGGAUCAGCACAAAGCCCAGCAAGGAGAGUAAAAAGAAGCCCAAAUUGGACACUGUGGAUGAAAUCAUAUCUAGUGUAAUUGAACAUACUUCUAGUAAAGAGGAUGUGAAGGACAACAAUCAGAUAGUGCUCAAACAUUUCGUCAGAAAGUACAACUACGGCCCCCGUGGUCGGGAUCCACUGCCAAUCAGGAUUAUGACAAAGACUGAAAGCAGCAUGUUGUAUCCGGGUGUGGCACAUUCUUGGUUGUGUGAUGGGAAACUUUUGCGUUUAUUAGAACCUUUGGCUCCAGGCAACACUCCCCUCUUUCAAGACCAAUGGAAACGAGGUCAGCCCGUUUUAAUAUCUGGUGUGGGACAGAAGCUCAAUCCCGAACUUUGGACACCUCAGUCCUUUUCAAAGGAUUUUGGUGAUAUUAAAAAUGAUUUGAUAAAUUGUCUAACUGGAAAUAUUGUGCCCAAUCAACCUAUGAAGAAGUUUUGGGAUGGCUUUGAGAAUUAUGGAAAAAGACUCAAGGAUGAGAAGGGUCAGCCAAUGGUACUAAAACUUAAAGAUUGGCCUCCAGGAGAUGACUUUGCUGAGAUGCUACCCUCGAGAUUUGAAGAUUUAAUGAGUGUUUUACCAAUGGGGGAGUAUACAAGAAGAAAUGGACGUCUUAAUCUAGCUGGUCGCCUUCCAGAAUGUUUUGUUCGACCAGAUCUGGGGCCCAAAAUGUAUAUUGCGUAUGGGUCGGCAAUUCAUCCAAAUAGAGCUUCCACGAAUCUACACUUGGAUAUCUCGGAUGCUGUAAAUGUCAUGUGUUAUGUUGGAGUUCCAAAAGAUGCAGAUUAUGAAGAUCACAUUAAGGGUGCAUUCAAGGCCAUAGAUGAAGCAGGCUGCGAUAUCCUGACCAGACGGAGAGUACGUGAAAAGGAGGAGGUACCUGGAGCUCUGUGGCAUAUUUAUCAUGCUCGUGAUUCUGAUAAAAUUCGUGAUUUGCUCAAUAAAGUGGCCAUAGAACGUGGGGAUAAGUUGGAACCACACCAUGAUCCUAUCCAUGACCAGGCUUGGUACCUCGAUGGCCCUCUUCGAGAGAGACUGUACAAAGAGUACGGAGUCGAGGGCUAUGCUAUCAUCCAAUGUCUUGGCGAUUCACUCUUCAUUCCAGCAGGAGCUCCUCAUCAGGUUCGUAACUUGCACAACUGUGUGAAAGUGGCAGAAGAUUUUGUUUCUCCGGAGAACAUUUCAUACUGCUUCCACUUGACACAAGAAUUCCGACAUCUAAGUGAUACACAUACUAAUCAUGAGGAUAAACUCCAGAUUAAAAAUAUUAUUUACCAUGAUAUGAAAGACUCCAUGGCAUGCCUAAUGGCUACCAGCAAUGAAUUACAAAGGAAGAUUGAGGUGGAGGAAGAUACAGACAGUAAAGUGAAAGAGUCAGACUCAUGAAAUUAGCUCAAGUGACUAGAACUUUGUUGCAAUGAAAUCGUGAUUCUGUGCUCGUGAAAGUGUUUUUACUUUUUUCUUUGCAACUCUUGGAGUUAUGGAAAAUAGUCGUGUAGUAAGAAAGUGACUACAAAUACGGCUUUAUUAUGUGCUGUAAUAGAACUAGCUUUGCAGUGAAUGAACAGUGCAGUGGUCUUGGAAAAAUAUGUUUAUAAGAAAUCAAUUUCCUACUUUCGAGUGCAAAAAAAUCUAUUCCACUUUCAAUUUAUAAGACAUCAUGAUUUGUAUGGAACAUGAUAAAGUCCAGUUCAUUUUGAUGUUUAUUAACAAAGACAAGUAAUGUAAGUAGAGAUGGUGUAAUUAUUUAUUAAUCCUAUAUGAUGUACUAAUCACAAUGGACCUUAUUGUUAAGGACCUACAUUAAUCUCUAUGUAUCCACGGUGUACUUAAACCAGUGAUGCGACAUAGAGUGCACAGGAUGGUGUGCACGUUAAAAAUUUUGAGCCAAUUUUGGCUCCUCCACUUGACCCAGUGUGUUUACACAGCUUAUUGUGUGCAUUCUGGUUACUGGUGUUAGGUGUUGACUCCAUCUGGGAAGCCAUUUGCAACAAGUGGAGUUGUAGAGCCUCUGUGCUAACAAGCCAGGAAACCCCCUUGUGGCCAGGCAACUGCCCCCGUCACCCUUCCAUGCUCUUUCUUUUUAUCCAUAACUUGAAAUGUAACUCUGUAGCAAUCUCUGUAUCUGUCUGUUGCACACACAACAUACCAGUAUACAUAAUAAUCAGGCCUCAUCUUUAAAUAAACUGGCUGAGGCCUGGACUGCAUCUGUAUAUGGAUGGGACUUUGCCCAGCUAUAACAUUGGUAGUGAGAGUGAAGCAGGGAGCCCAAGACCAGGGGGAGGAGAGUUUUGGCUGUGCUAUUGAGUGGCAGUAACCAGCUCCACAACGACCCUCCACCUUUGCUGCUGCUGCCGCCACCCCUCCUCUCCCCCACCUCGCUCCCUGUUGACCUAAAACCAUGUCUAUUUCAUUUUGUACAUUGAUCUCAUUGUUGGUGUAAAUGUGAGUAGUGUUGAGGGAUGGAUGUUACUUGUAGUGUGUUUCUCACAUGUCAUGUUGUUAUAUUUGUUUAUUACUGAAGUAUGUGUUUUAUUUGAAAAAGAAAAAAAAUACAAAACACAAGUGAUAGGCAUAUUGUUGCCAUUGACCUUUCUUUUAUUAAAACUUAAAACUUAAACAGAGAAUAAUUUAUUUGCUUGUAAAGUGUGGGCGGAUGUAGAAAUGUACAUUGAUGUAGACGUGUAGUGCGCGAGGGGUGAGCAACGCCCUGAAGACUGCCCCUCACCCCGCCUCACCAGGAGGACGCAACUCUACUACUUUUUUGUACUGUCAAUAUGUAAACAGAUCACAAUUUGAAUAGGAAAAAUGAUGCCAA